GUGAUGAACGCGAGCUCAUCUUCGCUCAACGACUCCCGGGUGGUGGCAGUGGCGGCCGAGAGUGCGGCGGCAGCGGCCACCGCAGCAGGAGCGCGGGACACCGGUGAAUGGGGGCCCCCGGCAGCCGCAGCCGCAGCGGCGCUGGGGGGCAGCGGCGCAGCUAAUGCGUCGCUGGAGUUGUCUUCGCAGCUGCCAGCGGGGCCGCCGGGGCUACUGCUGUCUUCAGUGAAUCCAUGGGACGUACUGCUCUGCGUGUCUGGGACGGUGAUCGCAGGCGAAAAUGCGCUGGUGGUGGCGCUCAUCGCGUCCACACCUGCGCUGCGCACGCCCAUGUUCGUGCUGGUAGGCAGCCUGGCCACCGCCGACCUGCUGGCGGGCUGCGGUCUCAUUCUGCACUUCGUAUUCCAGUACAUGUUGCCCUCGGAGACUGUGAGCCUGCUUACUGUGGGCUUCCUCGUGGCCUCCUUCGCUGCCUCCGUCAGCAGCCUGCUGGCCAUUACGGUGGACCGCUACCUGUCCCUCUACAACGCGCUCACCUAUUACUCGCGACGGACCCUGUUGGGCGUACACCUCCUUCUUGCUGCCACCUGGACAGUGUCCUUAGGCCUUGGGCUGCUGCCGGUGCUUGGCUGGAACUGCCUGGCAGAGCGCGCCGCCUGCAGCGUGGUGCGCCCGCUGACGCGCAGCCACGUGGCACUGCUCUCCGCCACCUUCUUUGCGGUCUUCGGCAUCAUGCUGCACCUGUACGUGCGCAUCUGCCAGGUGGUCUGGCGUCACGCGCACCAGAUUGCGCUGCAGCAGCACUGCCUGGCACCGCCCCACCUUGCCGCCACCAGAAAGGGUGUGGGUACGCUGGCCGUGGUGCUGGGCACUUUCGGUGCCAGCUGGCUGCCCUUUGCCAUCUACUGCGUGGUAGGCAGCCAUGAGGACCCAGCUGUCUACACCUACGCCACAUUGCUGCCCGCCACCUACAACUCUAUGAUCAAUCCUAUCAUCUAUGCCUUCCGCAACCAGGAGAUCCAACGCGCCCUGUGGCUCCUGUUUUGUGGCUGUUUCCAGUCCAAAGUGCCCUUCCGCUCCAGGUCCCCCAGUGAGGUCUGA